AUGUUCGAGCCAGAGUACGGCACAAAACGGGCCCGCUCAGCAAGCAAGGCGGCAUCUGGCAACUCCAGGCCAUCAAGGUCCAAGCAGCAGAAUCCUCAGCGGCGGCAGAAGCGUGGACGUUCCUCUUCAGCCAACCAGAAGCAGAAGCAGCGUUCGAGCUCAAGAUCCCCCCAGCGGCGAAGCCAAUCAAGAGGAUCCAAACAGUCUUCAGGACGGGGGAACUCACGCAGCAACUCGAGAGCGAGCGGCAGCAAGGGGUCACGCAACUCUAAGACAUCUGGCUCCAAGAAGAGCGGCUCCCCCUCGAGGUCAAGAUCAGGCGGCAGCAAGUCAGGAUCUGGUUCCCACAAGUCCCGUCACAGCAAGAGCUCCAAGUCCUCGGGAGGAAAGAAGAAGCGCCCGCCGACACCCAAACCUAAGGCCAAGAAGCAGAAAUCUCCUAAGAGCGUCACCUUCCAAACAAAUAAGCCAAAAAGGAGGGAAGGCUCAGCAAGGGAAGAAGAAAGGAAACCGCUCAAACUAAAGCGGCGGGUUGGCGCAACACGAGUGGCUUACAUGCAAAUUUGA